UCUCUCCGCCCCCGGCGCUCCGGCUCCUGGCCGCGCCGCAGCCUGCUCAGUCUCUCCUCGGCUCGCGGUUCCAGCGGCGCCCGGGGCCGGGGAGGCGACAGCCCCCUCCCCGGCAAAUACCGCAGUCCCCGGGCCCCGAUUCCAGGCGGCGGGGCCGCACGGCCCGGCCCGGCGCAGAGGGCGGCGUCGGCGAGGCCGGGCGCCGAGCGGCGGCUGCUGCCGGCGGCUUCUUCCCGAGGAGGAUUUUGUAAAUCUCACAAAAUGGCGCGCGCUCCGAACCUGCGCAGCGAGAAGCGCCGGGGCCCGGGUGGCGGCGGCGGCUCCUCCGCCAGGAGAGCCCGAACCGCCCGCCCCCGAGUCCCCGCACAGACAGAGACACUCGCACACACCCGCACACUCACGCGCACACUCGCCCUCGCACACGCUCCCUCGCACACACACUCGCACUCACACCGGUCCCGCCCGCUCGCCGGCGGCGGCAGCGGCACCAACAGCAGCAGCAGGAACAGCAGCAGCAGAAGCGGCGGCGGCGGCGCCCGCACCCCCCGCUCGGGGUGUCCGCUCCCUGAGGCCGACCUGGGCCGCGAUCAACAGCAGCGACAGCAGCAGUCUCCCCGGAUACCCCCGCCGCGGUUGCCGCCGCCACCCCCGCCUCACUCCAAUGGGGCUUUUUAUUAUUAUUCGGGCGGGAAGCGAAAGGGUUUAAAAAAAAACCAACCAACAAAAUGGCGACGGACCGACCCGGUCGCUAUAGCAACUGUCAAUCAAAACGCAAAACCCCGGCUGACGUGCUGACGUCCUCCUCCCGCCCCCCGGCCCCGAGCCGGCGGGCGGGGCCUGUUGCUCAGGUAACCUGAACAGAAUAUGACAAUGUCUCAAGAUAUGUGUCCUUGUCUUCAGUUCAAAUCAACCUAGAAGAUAUCGGAGUGGGGCAGAAUCUUGAGAUUAUAAACAUGCGGGUAUAGAAGGCAUUGCUGGUCUUCGUAUCUAGAAGGCCGCACCCCUUUUUUCCCCAGUGUGACAGCCUUAGACAACAUUGGUCAAUGAAUGUCAUAUCCAGGUUGGAAUGCUGUAAAAUGGUUAUAUACAGGCUUCACCUAAAAACGUAACCUGUAAAUUACAGCUGGCUCCAAACAAGUGACCACAUGUAGGCCGGAAGGACUCCGGUAUAGAUGCCAGCUGACCUGGUUCACAGAUGAAAUCCUUGUCAUCUAAGAAUCUUCCCAUUAGAUUCACUUACAGAUGUGUUUAUUCAUAGUCUGCUCACCUUGAAAAGCAAAGGCCCUCAGCUCAUAGGUAGUAACAGCCUCCACUUACCCAGCACGUUCUAGAGUAUCUCUAAUCCUCACAGCAACAUUAGAUCCCCAUUAUGUGGACGAGAAAACAAGUCCUGAGUGAUUACACGACUUUCUCAAGGCAGUCACCACUCACCAGUAAGUGGUGAAGCCAGGAUUCAAACACAGGUAUAAUUGCAAAGCCCAUGUUCUUUCCACCACACCAAGAUGAUUCAAGAUUAUAUGGAGUUAGAGUCUUCACAGAGGUAAUCGAGUUGGGUCUGUAGAUUGAACCCUAAUCCAAAAUGACUGCUGCCCUUAUAAAAAGGAGAAGUUUGGACCAAGACAAAUGAACACAGGGAAGAACGUACAGACACCAGGAGAAGGUGGCCAUCUACAAACCAAGGCGCACCUGAGGCUACCAGAAGCUGACAAAGAAGCAUGGAACAGAUUUUGUCUUACGGCCAUCAGAGGGAACCAACCCUGCCAACAUCUUGAUUUUGGACUUCUGGCCUCCAGAAAUUCAAGACAGUACAUUUCUGUUGUUUAAGCCACCUAGUUGUUUGUACUUUGUAGUGGCACUAAGGGAAACUAACACACAGAUGCGUGCCAAGAUGGUGGUUUCUUUUGGUUGGCUUCACAUCCGUUAGUGACCACUCCUGGUGAGGCACUAUUCUAAGCCUGAAAGUCCAGUAGUUGGAAUCUCGCUGAGAGUUAUAACCCAAAUAAAUAUUCCAAGGACAAACAAGCAAACUAACCAGUAUUCCUAUCAAUGCUCCUCACGCCAAGCGAGAAGGUGAACAAUUUGCAUUUGGUCCCUAGACAGUGGCAUGGCGUGGCAUCUGACACCCCUACUGUUCUUACAGACUUCUGGGUAAAAGUCUUCACCACUUGCUGCCCUUGUACAAACUUUAUUGUUUGUUCGUUCUUUCUUUUUUUUUUUUUUUUUUUUGAGACAGAGUCUCGCUGUGUCACCCAGGCUGGAGUGCAGGGGUGUGAUCUCGGCUCACUGCAACCUCCACCUCCCCAGUUCAAGCGAUACUCCUGCCUCAACCUCCUGAGUAUCUGGGAUUACAGGUGCCCGCCACCACACCUGGCAAAUUUUUGUAUUUUUAGUAGAGACAAGGUUCACCACAUUGGCCAGGCUGACCUCGAACCCCUGGCCUCAAUUGAUCUGCCCACCUCGGCCUCCCAAAGUGCUGGGAUUACAGGCGAGAGCCACUGCACCCGGCCUUGUUUAUUCUUAUUUUUAAGGUAAUUCGUUAUCUAAAACAGAUUACAAAGAAACAAAAUUAAUUAAAACAUGAAAAAGGCCUUCUAUAAACUGACAAUGGUAGUAUGCUAUGAAAUAAGAAGUUCAUUCUUUUUUUUUUUUCUUUUUUUUUUUUUUUUUUUUUUGAGAUAGGGUCUCGCUCCGUUGCCCAGGCUGGAGUGCAGUGGCAAGAUUACAGUUCAUGGCAGCUUCCACCUCCCAGGCUCAAGCAAUCCUCCCCACCUCAGUCUCCCGGGUAGCCGAGACUACAAGCGCAUGCCACCACGCCUGGGUAACUUUUUGUAUUUUUUGUAGAGAUGAGGUUUUUCUAUGUCGCCCAGGCUGGUUUCAAAUUCCUAGACUCAAGCCAUCCUGCCACCUCAGCCUCCCAAAGUGCUGGGGUAACAGGUGUGAGCCACCACGCCUGGCCGGGGAGUUAAUUCUUAAUUCUUUGCACCUAAGGUCCAAAAACAAAAUGUAACAGUCAUGCAUGGUCAUUACAGACAAUUUUACAAUAUGGAAAACAAUGAAGAGGUAAUGCUUACUCAUAGAUAUCACCCAGGAAAAAAAAAAAAAAACCUUAUUGGUAUUUUCAUAUUAGCAUAUGUCCUUCCAGACUUUCUUAGGGAGACAUGAGUACAUUCACCCACAUACAACACUGCAGAUAUGUUUCAUGCCGUUUUUACUUACAAUUAUACUAUGAGCACAUUUUAGUGUUAACUGAAAUUUAGAUAAUCAUUUUAACGGCUACUAGUAUUCCAUCAGUUGAAUAGGCCAUAAUUUGUUUACCUGCUCCUCUAUUUUUUAAGGAAGUUUUUCCUUUUUGUUGUUGUUGUUACUACAGAUAAAGUUGUAUAAACAUGGCCUACAUCCAUUUUACGCACCUGUCCAAUUAUCUCCUUCAGAUAAAAGUAUGCGUCCUUAAAAAGCUUUUGAUUCAUGUUACCAAAAUAUUCCUCAGAAGUGAUUCCACCAAUAUGCACUCCCUAAAAGUAAUGUGUGACAAUGGCUUUUUCCUACACCCUGCCACACCCGCUUAUUUUUAUUUGCAUUUAUUUGGACAUUUUGUGACUUUUUAAAAAUAUGUUUGUUGUGUAUUUGUGCCCUGCCUGUGUAUAUCUAUCUGAUGCCUAUUUGGGAAAGCAGAGAAGUAUUUGGGGUUUUUGGUUUUUGGUUUGUGGUUUGUUUUUGUUUUGUUGUUGUUGUUUUAGACAGAGUCUCACUCUGUGGCCCAGGCUGGAGUGCAGUGGCGCGAUCUCGGCUCACUGGAACCUCCGCCUUCCAGGUUCAAGAGAUUCUCCUGCCUCAGCCUCCCGAGUAGCUGGGA